GAUUAGUUAGCGACAGCAGCUCCCGCUGAAGCAAUUGUAGCAGCUCCGGCGCCCAUUGAUUUUUGUUUUUCUUCAAAUCCCCAAUCUGCUCUCGCUCGCCGCUAGGCAGCGCCACGCUGGUUUAGAAUUCGAUUGCGUCAUCCUUCCGAGCCCCUUCUCCCCUCAGGUCGUCUGCUCGGAAGCUUCCGCUCGAGCCCCUUCUCCCCUCAGGUCGUCUGCUCGGAGCCUUCCGCCCGUAAUAGAAUACUCCUGCAAGGCGUUUUCGCUGUAAUCAAACAAAAAUGCCUUACGAAGUGGAUGCCACUGAGGUUGACUCCGUCGAGAGAAUCAAGGAUCCCCAAAUCUCGUCUCUUGACGUUAGUGACGAUGAUGGCGGUAGUAGUAGUAGCAGUGGUGAUGAUGAGGAUGUGCCUGUAGUUCUAGGUUUUGUUGAGAAGCCGGAGAAUCAGUGGUCUCUUCUUCGCCAAUCUUUCCCCAGCAAGGCUGGGGGCGUGCCUGCUUGGCUGGAUCCUAUCAAUUUACCAUCGGGAAAAUCUUGCGUUUGUGGCUUUUGUGGAGAGCCUCUGCAGUUCUUGCUUCAGGUUUAUGCACCAAUCAAGGAUAAAGAACCCACAUAUCACCGAACAAUAUUUGUGUUCAUGUGUCCAUCAAUGACUUGUCUUCUCCAAGACCAACAUGAGCAAUGGAAGCGUGAUUUAGGAAAGGCAGCCCAAAGUGUGAAGGUAUUUCGUAGCCAGUUGCCACUUUGCAAUCCAUUCUACUCUAGCAAGUCCUCAACUGAGAGUGGAAGUGCUGAGCCUUCUGGUAGUGGAGCUGCACUCUGUGAUUGGUGUGGUACUUGGAAAGGAGAUAAAUUAUGUAGUAGUUGCAAAAGAGCACGUUAUUGCUCAGAGAAACACCAGGUUUUGCAUUGGCGCUCAGGUCACAAAAUUAAUUGUCAGCGGAUAGUCAUUUCUUCUGAAUUGAAUUCAAGCCUCACUUGCAGUGGAAGCAGUUUGGUACAGAUGCAUAAAGUAGCAAGCAGCACUCAAUGGCCAGAGUAUGAGAUCAUAAGUGAAGACGAAUGUGAAUCUGAUGCAGAAAUGUCUACAGAUGGUGCAUACGAUGGUUCUUUGGUUGCUAGAGACAAAAUGGAUGAAACAUUUGCAGCCCUUCUGAACAGUUUUGGGGAGGAUGGUGACAGAAAGUGUUGGGCCUCUUUCCAAGAGCGCAUAGCUAGGGCACCUGAGCAAGUUUUGAGGUACUGUAUGGAUGCAAGAGCCAUUCCCUUGUGGCCUAUAUCAAGUGGUCAGCCUUCUAUGGCUGAUAUUCCUAAAUGCAGCUACUGUGGUGGUCUUCGAAAGUUUGAAUUUCAGAUCAUGCCUCAGCUGCUGUAUUAUUUUUCUGUGAAGAAUGAGGUGAAUUCCCUUGAUUGGGGUACUAUUGUUGUGUACACAUGCGAAGCUUCUUGCCAAGGAAGCUUGGGUUACAAAGAGGAAUUUGCUUGGGUUCAGCUGGCAUCUCCGUCUGCCACCGUACCUUGAUGCUGCUAUAUUUAGCAACUGGUAUUUUAUGUGCCAUUUUUUCGCAGGUCAGUAAUUGUUUUUUGGCUGGACAAGAGAAGGUAAAAGGCAGCAGCUACUCAAUUUUGAGCAUCGAAGUCUGGUUUUAUCCAUGAAGCUACUCAUGAUAAGGUGUGUGAUACAAAAUCAUUGGGUAGAUAGCAAUUGCAUCAUCCGGUUUUCCCCAUCAGAGCUGUUUUAUGCAUUGUGGUGAUAAGAAAGCGACUUUUUGCCGUCGUAAAAAAAAUUCUUUAGGUCUUGCGCACAUCACUCAAAUAUGAAGUUUUAUGAGGCCUUACGGUGUGUUUGUUUUGUAGGUCAAGGUUUUAACAGGUUCAACUGAUCUGAACUGUGUAGGAUUGGGUUGGUUAUGAUAAUUAUCUUGUCAUAUUUGAUAUGCUAUCUUUGAGAGAUUGUAAUUCUCUCUGGUGGGUUUUUUUUGCCUCAACUUGACCUCCUCAGCCAACUGGGUAAUGAUUUGUUCCAACUUUGCACCAA